AUGGAAGCCGAUUUUGAAUAUUGCUGUACGCCGCUCGAACCGCUGGACCAUGGACUUCGCACUCAGAGUCUCUUUGCGCGGUGCAUCAUCUCCUCCGCCAAGACUUUCGGGCACAUUAUUAGCGCCUGUCUCUACUGGGUCUGUAUCUUCAUCUGGUUAGGCUUCGGUUCACACUGUAGCUGGUCGAGCCGGUGGCAAUUAUACAUGAAUGACGCGACGUCGGCGCUAAUGGUGCUGGUCUUUGCACUCGAUGCCACUCUUGAGAAAAAGCUUCGUCGCCUUAGCCAGGAUGACCUGACCAACCAGACGGAGGUUAUCUCGCCUCCGAAGGAGAACUUCUUGCAGGUGGCAAUCUUUUAUUAUGCCGACAUCAUCGGUACUCUGGUCGGCAUCGUCUUCCUGGUGCUGGUGAUCAUCACCUGGGUAGCCGUCGGACCUGUCUUUCAUUUUAAUAAUAACUGGUGGCUGCUCAUCGGCACAUAUGCAGGGCUGGUUGGUCUGUUCGACAGUUUUGUCCUCCGCAACAUCCAAGGCAAGGUGCACCAGUACAUCAGCAGUCAGACUCAGUUCGUGGAGAAGGGAGACGUGGGCCUCUUCACUGGACUGUCUAUGGCCAUCCCUUCAGCUAGCAGAGCCAAGCGCCCGUCUCUAAGCCAACGCGUGUCCCGACGGAUGGAUGCUGUCAGCUCCCAUCUCUUCAUGGUUAUCGCCGGCUUCCUCCUCACGAUUGGCUGCCUGGUCGCCUCAAGCGCAAUGAAGUGGAGUCUCACCGGACAGUUAAUUUCAAAUGUACCUCCCAGCAUUAUCGAGACAUUCUUCAUGCUCAUUCUCAUCUCCGGCCAGAAUGAUGCGGAGGCAAGCGCCCGGAUCGACUUGACCAACAUCUACUACCGGCGUCAGCGACUCCUGUCUUUCACGCAGCAUGCAAGUGAGUUCUGUGAAGAUCAAGAGCUCUCCAACGACGCUGCAGUAACUGCACAGUAA